UGGUCCCUCUAAACGAUAGUGGUUUAUCAGAUCCUCCGAACAGUUCGGUUGUGAUGCUGAAAGACCACUAUUCAAAAAUUCGUGCACGAUGAUUAAAUUUCUCCUUAUUUUGUGCUUGAGUGUCAACUGUGUGCUCAGCAGUAACAUCCUCUACAUUUCCCCGGUACCAUCACCAAGCCAUCACAUAUGGAACCGAGCUUUCGCCUUCGGUCUCGCCAGCAAAGGCCACAACGUCACGUUGAUAGGGCCCGAUCGAGACAAAGUCAACCCGGCCAACUACACUCAUCUAUACAUAGAAGGUUCGUAUGAAAGUUUUCACGAGUCCGUGGACAUGCUAGACAUGGCGGAUAACGGCCCUAUGGAUACCAUAACCCAGUUCGUAGACUUCUGCCUCAUACUAUGUAAAGCAGGUUUAAAAAGCCGAGGUCUUGAACAACUAUUAGAAUAUCCACCGGAUUUCAAGUUCGAUCUGAUCAUUACUGAUGCUACGAUAGGAACCUGUUUCCACCCGCUCAUCCACAAAUUUAACUACCCUCCGACUAUUGCCGUCACCCCGUUUCUACUACCUUCGUUCCUAUCUUACAAUUUUGGCAAUCACUUAAACCCAGCGUACGUACCCUGGUAUGGGUUGCCUUAUACCAACGACAUGACUUUGAUUCAACGCCUGUGGAACUACCUAUUCACCUACAUGGAAACCGUCGUCAAAAACACCCAACAAAAGAAAUUAGAAUACGAAACUGCGAAAAAACACUUCGGGGAAGACACACCACCUGUGGAGAAGCUAGAGCGCCACGUAUCUUUGUUGCUAGCAAACUAUGACCCCGUUUUGAACUAUCCGCAAAUUUUGACACCUAAUAUUAUUCCUGUCGGGGGUCUGCAUACCAGAAGGGGCAAGGAAAUACCCAAAGACUUAGAAAACAUUCUUAGCAGUGCCAAAAACGGCAUCGUUGUGUUCUCGUUGGGUACCAAUGUCCGUUCAGACAUGCUAGACAAGACGACACAAAAAUCUCUAAUUCAAGCUUUCAGUAAGUUGUCGGAAACCGUGAUCUGGAAAUUCGAAAGCGAGCUCGAUAAUGUGCCCAAGAACGUCAUUAUUAGGAAGUGGUUGCCCCAGAACGAUAUUCUAGGUCACCCGAAUGUGAAGCUGUUCAUCGGACACGGGGGCGCCUUGAGUACCCAAGAAGCCAUCUAUAACGGGGUACCCAUGAUCUGCGUGCCUUUCUUUUUUGACCAACACAUCAACACAAGGGACAUUAUAAACAGGAAGUUGGGGAUCUCUCUCGACUAUAAAAGAAUCACGACGGAUUACGUCUUCGGAAAAAUAAGGGAAAUUUUGGAUAAUCCAAGCUACACCACCAACAUGAAACGAGUUUCGAGGAUAUACAGAGAUCGGACCGAAACUCCUUUAGAGAGGGCGAUUUUUUGGGCAGAGUACGCGAUUCGGCAUGAUGGUGCCCAGUUUUUGAGCACUCCGGCACGGGAUCUUCCAUUUUAUAUAGUUUCAGGGUUGGACGUUGUUGCGUGUUUGGUUUUAGCAACUAUUGCAAUACUUUUGUUGCUUUGUAAGAUUGUAAAAUUUGUUACGUCUCUUAUUGAGGGUGGUCAAACUACCAAAGCGGCAACUCUGUGCAUGUUAAGCACAAAAAAUUCUUGCACGAUGAUCCAAUUCGUCCUUUUUUUGUGCUUGAGUAUCAACUGCGUGCUUAGUAGCAACAUCCUCUACAUUUCCCCAAUACCAGCACCAAGCCAUCACAUAUGGAACCGUGCCUUCGCCUUGGGUCUAACCAGGAAAGGCCACAACGUCACUUUAAUAGGAUCCAACCAAGACAAAGUCAACGCCGUCAACUACAGUUACCUAUACAUGGAAGGUGUGCUUGAAAGUUUUGACAAACCCGUACAUAUGCUUGACAUGGCGGACAACGGCCCUAUGGAUACUAUAACCCAUUUCGCAGACUUUUGCCUCGUAGCAUGUAAAGCGGGUUUAAAAAGUCGAGGUCUUCAACAACUUUUGGAAUAUCCCUCGAAUUUCAAGUUUGAUUUGAUCAUUAUUGAUGCUACGGUAGGAACCUGUUUCUAUCCACUUAUUCACAAGUUUAAUUACCCUCCGACUAUUGCGGUCACCGCGUUUCUUUUACCUUCAUAUCUGUCAUACAAUUUUGGCAAUCAUUUAUACCCAUCGUACGUACCAUGGUAUGGGCUAGCUUAUACCAACGAGAUGACUUGGAUUCAACGCCUGUGGAACUGCCUAUUCACGUUCAUGGAAAGCUUCAUCAGAAACACCCAAUACAAGAAAUUGGAAUAUGAAUCCGGUAGGAAAAUUUUUGGGGAAGACACACCACCUGUGGAGAAGCUACAGAACCACAUAUCUUUGUUGCUAGCAAACUAUGACCCCGUUUUAAACUAUCCACAAAUUUUGACGCCUAAUAUUAUUUCUGUUGGUGGUCUUCAUACCAGAAGGGGCAAAGAAAUACCCAAAGACCUAGAAAACGUCCUGAAUGAUGCCAAAAACGGCAUCAUUUUAUUUUCGUUGGGUUCGAAUAUCCGUUCAGAUAUGCUAGACAAGACGACACAAAAAUCUCUAGUUCAAGCUUUCAGUAAAUUUUCAGAAACGGUGAUCUGGAAAUUCGAAAGCGACCUCGAUAAUUUGCCCAAAAACGUCAUUGUUAGGAAGUGGUUGCCCCAAAACGACAUUCUAGGUCACCCGAAUGUGAAGCUGUUUAUCGGACACGGUGGCGCCUUGAGUACCCAAGAGGCCAUCUAUAACGGGGUACCAAUGAUCUGCGUGCCGUUCUUUUAUGAUCAACACAUCAACGCAAGGUACAUUGUAAAUAGGAAUUUGGGGAUCUCUCUCGACUUUAAAAAAAUCACGACGGAUUACGUGUUAGGAAAAAUAAGAGAAAUUUUGGAUAAUCCAAGGUAAGUUGUUUAAUUUCGA